GUUAUUUUCUAUGACCCUUAGAGCUUAUACCAAAAAAGGAAGAAUAAUAAAAAAUAAGAUUAUGGCUGCAUGGCUUUGCCUUUGCCUUUCCCAAUAGGGAAGAAUAGGACUAAAAAAAAAGGAACGAAAAUAAAUAGCACAAAGUUAUAUUUUUUUAUUGUUCAUCAAAAUUUUAUUUAUCGCAGGGCAAUAUGAAAAUCACUAUCACAUAUUUGUAGGUGCCAGCCGACCUAUAGAUAUUUAUACCUUUGAUAAAAUAGUUCAAACUAUUUGCUAAAUCUACACAAUUUUUUUAAGUUGAAAAUAUUGCGCCGACGAGUCAUGAAGAUUUAAUGAUAAUGUUUUCCACAAAUCAUAAAACUAUCUUUGUCCUUGAUCACACACCAUAUUUUGGAAUAUCUUCAGACUAUCCAAUAGAUUUUGAUACUUCUAAGAGCAGAGGACCAGGUUACGUACCUUUGCCGCCGGUGUGCAAAUCGCUAUGGACUUGCAGCGUAGAAGCAGCUGUAGAGUACUGCCGAAUAGUGUGGGAUUUAUUUCCUGAAGGAAAACUAGUUCGAUUUGUGGUGAGUGACUCAGCUGCACAUAUUUUAAAUACAUGGGCAACAACACAACAAAACUUGACACAUAUAUUGAAUGGCCUUUGCCUGGUCGGCCCUGUCCGGCGUGGAGCUGGUGGAGAUGUAGUUGGUUUGGUAGCUGCAAUUGAAUCUCUAGCUGAACCUUCAUCCAACCAAUCAACUAGACCAGCUGCUGAAAGACUUGUACAGAACAGGGGCCGUAUAAUAUGUAUAACCAGUGCAAGAGAUGAUGAUUCAAUCAGAAGUCUGGCAGGAAUUGCUCUCAACACAAUUAUUCAGCAGAACAAAAAAGCUACACAACCUCAACCACCUGCCAGCCCGGAAUCUUCUACAACUGCUCAAUCUCUUGUCAUCAAUUAUUGUCAUCUAGUAAUUAUAAAUGUGGCUCCCGAAAAAGCUGACACUAGGGUUACAAAUCAACCAUUGACUGAGAUGGGUGGUGGACUGAUGGGUGUGGAAGUGAUUGUUUCCAGAGCUAGUACUCUAGCAAAUCUUCUGGGAAGAUUGGUAUUGCCACAUUAUAGACUAGCUACAACUACUGUUACUGGAAUUCCAAUGAAGGAAGAACAAAACGCAAGCUCGAGUGCCAAUUAUGACGUUGAAAUAAUUCACUCCUUGGAUGCUCAUGCUGGCUUGAGGGCAUCUCAGACUGCGGCUGAGGCAGCAGAAUCGGUUGUCCUUCGUUGGUGGACACCCCGUGGUGCCGAAGGGGGCGCUAGCGGUUGCAGUGGCCCUUUAUGGCGCGUGACGCCCGCAGACGUGGCCUCUAGACCUUCAGCCUGCCUCGUCAACUUCCUGCUGAAUGGGCGCUCCGUAACGCUGGAGGUGCCCAGGAAAGGCGGCGGUAGAUCUGCGUCUCACGUAUUGGCCGCUCAGGGCGGGGAACUGUGGAUCGGGGCGUUGGGCGGGCGGACCACGUACGACGACCCGCCCGCACUGUCUGAAGGGGCGGGCGGCCGGGUCACUGACUAUAGGAUAAAAGAGUUCGGCGCUUUAAUGCAACAGAACCGCUUGGGCCCCUUACGAGGAUCAGGCGCUAACGGACGGGCGAGAGCUCGCCUACAACGACAUACCACUUAUUGGCCGCUCACUAUAUCCUCUACGCUCAUAUUUAAUCUAGGAUCGGUAAUGGAUCCGCUAACCCGCCUGGUCGUCCAAGAGUCCCUUACGGACGAAGAAGUGGACACUUGUAGAAGCGUACUCCUUUCGUUGCUGGGAAUGGAAUCCCGACAUGAGUUUCCGACGGCACAGCUGCCUUCAAACAUGAGAGGUAAAUCCAGUGGUCGUCGCGAAGAGCUCUGGCGUCAAAUAUGGGGUGAAUUAGAAGCUUUGAUUCGAGCGCAUUCAGCGUCGCCCGCGCACAGAGCCUUGCUGCGAGUGCUGUUAGAAUGUCGCGCGCACAACAACCAUACUUCCGACAGCGAAUCCCGUGCCAGCGUGAUUCGAGCAACCACAGAUUCGCCUCUAUCGCCAGUGGGCUCGGGCAAUGGCCAAUCAGGCGACGUUUGGGCUCCCAGGAACGUUCUAGAUGCACUAUUGGCGGGACCUCGCCCUUCGAGGCGACCAGACUUCGCGGGAAGAAUGGCCGCCGGGAAUAGACCGGCUGUAUUAUACCAACACUUGCAACAAGACGUAGAAGCCCAACACUGAUAUGGCAUUACAUAUACAGUAUUAUUCCAUUCGGCUAAUAAAACCUUUGUAAUAAAGUUCGUUGAAGAGAGCGUUUAUUUGAAAACUACACGAAGAAACGAGCUGUACUGAAAAAAGACAUUGAGGAUUGGAAGUCCAGCACUCUAGCGGAGUGGUUUAUUUUCCCUUUUGGUUAAUAAAGAAUAUGCAAUAAAGCUAGUUAAAUGGGCGUUUUUUUUUAUUGUUACUAGACACACGUUUCGUUUACAAAUCAGCGUGAUUCCUGCAUUACAUAUUCCUCUUUGUCGCUAGUAGGUGCGGGCAGCGGCCAAUCAAGCGAAGUUUGGGCGCCCAGGAAUAUUCUAGAUGCACUAAUGGCUGGACCGCGCCCUCCGAGGCGACCAGACUUCGCGGGAAGAAUGAUCGCCGGUAACGGACCGGCUGUACUGUACAAGAAUUUGAAAGAAAACGGCGAAACUCAGCCAGGAUGAGGGGUUGUCUACUUCCCUUUUGUCACUAUGAAGAAUACUAAAUGAAUAUUGAGUUUUUCGGUGCCAUUUAUGUAGUGGGCUCCUGUUGUUGGUAUUAAUUCGCAAAUUGUAACGAAGUCAAUCCUACUGAAUUUUUCAGCGAACUCGCAGGAUACAUUAUAUUGCGUCCAAAUCAAUGUUUAGGAAAAUUUUCGCCAGCAGUUGACGCAACUGUGACAAGAGGUCUUUUAUAUGAAGUUUAUGGUGCUAAUUAAUCGAACAAGCAUUAAAAAUUGGUCCAUAGACUAUGACCACAUACGUGAUUUGACGGAUGAAUAGACCUUUCGUCUCAGUCCUGCCACCUGGCUCCCGUACUUCUUUUAAACCCUCAUUGGUAUCCUCUAAUUCCAUUACUACUGCAGUGCAUAGUGCUAAUGCUAAAGCUAGUGUUAGUUUCAUAUUUAACUGAGUGGAUAAGGGCUGAAUUUUCUAUUUUGAGAUAUAAAUUGUCUGCCAAAUAAAUCAUUACCCAGUCCAAAAGAAAUUUCAUCCACAAUCACAACAAUCCUCAAUAGUUUGAUGGAAAAUAACCAAUGUUCAUUUUGUCCAUAUAAUACGAUGCAAAUAAGUCUUGUAUUAUCCCGGGAUUUCAUCAGCCCUUAAUAUGUCCAAGUCUUAAGGCAGAUUUUUCAAAUGCUGCUUAAAUGACAUAACGUUUUCAAUAUAACUGUACAGUACAAAUAGUACGAUAUUAGAGGAGAUUUAAAUUUUGUUUAGGGAUUCAUUUUCCCCUAACGAAAAAUAAAAAGUAAAAUAACUAUCAUGUUUUCUAUCGUUGUAGUUGUUUUCAUUUCUAUAACACUGGGUUUUUGCUUAGAUAUAAUUAGGUUUGGUUGGAAUUAGUGCAAUGUAUGCUAUAUAUAUAUAUUACCAUGCCCAACACAAUAGUUUAAAUUGUAUAUUUACAAAAUCCCAAACAUCCAACGCUUUGAUAAUAUAAUUUAUUAUUAUUUAUAUUAAUUUGAACGAUUUGCCCCAUAAAUAUUAUCACAUUUGCUAAAUCCUAUUUUAAAGUUUUGCAUGUUAUGAAUAUUCAUUUCAUUCAUCGUCGUCGUUGUCGUACAAUGUUUC